AUGAUCAACGAUAAACAAGAGGUCAUAGGAUUCAUGUCCUUAUGCGACUAUCCAGAUAUACCCGCCGUCAACCCGGCUGAUUGGGAAACGUGGAUGAGGAACAUGUAUCGGAAAUUCUAUUUAUCGCGUAAUACACUGUUUAUCCACGCCAUGUGCUGCACCGACUCCAUCGUUGGUUAUUUCUUGGAAGAAGCCUUGAUCAGUCUUUUUAAUAACGAUGUAUAUCUACAACAAGUUAUACUUAUGGUGCCACCAAAUUGCCCAAGAGAGUGUAUUGUAAAAUAUCAGACAAUUAAAAAACACAAUUACAUGAAGAAUAAAGCAAAACGCACGGACGAUGAUGAUGUCAAUUACCACUAUUUUUAUAGCGCCCUUAGACAAGACUUUUGCCCUAAAUUGAGAAUACGAAGGGCUGUUGAAGAAGAUAACGAUGAUGUAGUAGCAAUUCUGGAAAAAAGUUGUCCGAAAUUGAGAGAAUUGUAUGGUGAUUAUUACAUAAGCGAAAUUAUUGGCCGCCAUCCUGAGAUGAAAAGAAAGAUCAUUGUUAGCGAGGGUCUUGAUGGUGUAAGUGGCGUGAUGUGUUUAAAUUCGGAUAUAAAUUAUGCUAUGCUCCAAAAUACCUACGAGCUGGAUUCAUAUCAUGGACUUCAAAAAUCUACUGCAAUUGAACGAGAGCGGAAUAAAAGAGGCAAUAUGCUUUUGCGUACUUUCGGUGAACCAAUAAUGCUUGGUAAAUGGAGUCCUUUCGAUAUCAGCCCUCAUUUAGAACAAGAACAAGUUCAAGAUGAACAGUCCACCGACAACGUAAGUCUCAGACCAAGAAGUCCGAGCAAGGUGAAUUUUGCUCAUCGUUCCUCAAUGAGAUACAGCUUCGAUUGUCUAUACUUACAUAGCAAAACUUCAGAUGACUAUAGUGAUAAAGUCUUUAUAACUCCCGUUCAAUCCCAUACUACGUUUGUGGAUUGUUUAUUAGAUGAAGACCCGUUUGAUUAUGAGAUCGUUAAUAUUGAUCACCAUUUGUUAACGGUGCCAGAGGUUCUCUCAAGAGAGUUUUUGCCCGCGAAUAUAAAACACGAAGAAAGUAGAAAAUCGAGUGUACCUGAUGUUGGAAAUAAAUACAAACGUAGAACAUCUAUGAGGGUAGUUCGUGAUGUCAACGAAACUAAAAAUGUAAAAUUUUGUGGAGAGCCGAAUGCAUUUAUGAUUGAGCUGUUUGGAUUCCAUAAAGACGUAGAUGACAGACAUGCAUUCGAUUUAUUGGAAGCAGCAUUUGAAGUAAUGAAGGAUUAUGAUUAUUGCAUUAUUAGAGUUCCUUGUUCAGGAAAAAGCAUGCCAUUGUUACAACACUUUGCUUUUGUUCCCACGAAAAAUCAUAUAACUUGUGAAUAUGCAUUGUAUGUUGCACAUCGAUGUUCUGUUCUUAGUAAACUACGAGUGAGACGAGCUGAAAUAAUCGAUAUACCGCAAAUAGCUCAAUUGUUGUACAGUCUGGAUGGUCGAGAGACGAUGUGGUCUGUCGAAAAUACUAUACUAAGACGGAAUGAACUAGAAGCUUAUGUUUUCUUGAGUAACGUGUCUGUGGUUGGCAUUGGGAUUCUGGAACCUCCAGAACAAAUAGACUUCAUCAGAGCGAAAUUCAACAUAGACGCGCAUCGUAUUCACAAAUACCACGUCAAGGAUCAAGACUAUAAUGCUGGUUUUGCGACAUUGAAGACGGUGCUUAUUUAUCCCGCUUUUGAACCGCAUUAUAGAUUCUUCGUUAGGGAUAUGAUGCGACAGUCCGGAAUACACUCGUUGAUUUGGUUGACAGCUUAUAGGAAUAAAUGGAUGGCACAUAAGUUAAACUCAUUCGCCUCGGUGAUGAUACCACUUUUACCGCGUAUGUCUGAUUUGGAUUACGCGCCAGUACCGGAAUUGAAUAAAUUACAUAAACUAUCCAAUUCUUUAAUGGCAUUUAGUUGCUGGUUUAUUAGUAGAAAAUCAACCAGUGUGCCGAAAGUGACCGUGGAUUCUAGAUUGGUUAUCGUUGGCGCUUCGAGAACAGCUAUGGCAUUUUUGAAUACACUUCUGUUUGGGGACACUUCAUCCUACCUAUUCUUCACAAAUGUAACGCUCAUAUCACCUCAAGGAUUGCCAUAUGUCCGAAACUCAAAGACACUCGCAGAAAUGAUGUUAAUGAAGUACCAUACAAGCUCUGAAAGAUAUCUCAAAAGCGUUCCUUACACUUACUACGUGAAUACCGUACAGAGUUCUAUGGUUGAAAUCAAUAAACGACAAAAGUAUAUAACAUUGACAAAUGGCAGCAAAUAUUAUUAUGAUCGUCUCUUCAUUUUGUGUGGAAAGCAAUACCAGCAUCCUGACUAUUUGAAAGAUGUACUAGAGCAGGAAAGAUCAGUGAAAAGUGGUAUAAUGGAAUACACUCCCUUAGAUGUGCCACAGAGUUUUAAAGAACCUUCCGCAGAUAAUUUUACACCAGGCAAUGUUUUCAUUGUGAAUAACAUCACGGACGCCAACAAGGCGCUCAACUUUGUAAGAAGUAUUGUUUGGGAGGAAACGAGCGGAAAGAUUUUAGUUUAUGGAUCAUCGAUAAACGUUUAUUGCUGCAUUGCAACGCUACUAGAAAUGAAAGUUCCGCCACAAAAUAUUAUAUUUAUCGAGAAUUUUCCACCUAAAGAUCCGAAAGCGUCAAGAGUGUCCAGCUUUUGUAAUACAUACGUGGACAAAACGAUGCAAGAAGUACUCUCCAAUUUAAAGAUAAAAGUGUAUCGAACAUAUUAUUUCCAAUCAUGGCUAUUAGAUUGUAAGGACUAUGUGUCACAUGUGCAGUUUAUGUCGCAUUAUCGAUUUGUACGGCUAGAAUGCGCUGCGUUUUUCUACUAUGGUUGUAAGGGCGUUAACGAACAAUUAUUUAUGGCGAUACAUAAAAGCGGAAUGGCGUACGAUGGUGGUAUCGUCAUAGACCAUAACUUUAGAACAAACGAUCCUAAUAUUUACGCGGCGGGGCCCAUCACUAGAUACCAUAGGCGUUACUACGCAGCCACACGGCGACACAAGUACUAUGAUGCUUAUGAAAUUGGAAUGAAGCUAGGAGCAAUAAUCAGGAACGAGUUGGAUCCACUUUUCACUAACGAGUCUAAUGAACCAGCAAAGGAAUAUCAUAUGAAUGAUAGAGCUAAUGAAAAUAAAACUACUUGUAUGACCGAGUCCAAGUACGAAAUGUUGUGUAUAAAUAUCUCUCUAUCACUCUUUAAAUGUAGCAAGGAGGAAGAUACAGAAUUCCAUAGCGUGCCAGAUUUCAAAAUGCCCAUAGUGAAAUGUUGCACUUUACCCGGUGGAUUGCAGUAUUUAGAAGUUCGCUCGCCGGGCAUGAAAGUGCCGCAUCAUUAUGUACAAUCCUUGGAUUACAAUGGUUACAUCAUAGAAACAUUUAAAGAGGGGUAUUUUAAGAUACAUUUCAACAAGGAUCUCAUAGUGGAUGGAAUAACUUGUUUGACGCCAGAAAAAUAUUCGUUGGAAAAUUUUAAGCGUUUAUAUGGCUUAUCCAGCUCGGUGCUUAGUAACGUUCAUUUACGAUAUAUGACAAAGCGACUCGAUAAUCUAUACAAGUUUUUCCGAGAGCCUUGGGCGCACUUUUUGUACCACGAUCAAGUUGACGAGCUUUUUGCAAUUGUCAAGGAAUUAGUACCGUUGGGCCAAGCAAAGGGUGAAACGAUUAAAGACGUGCUAAAAGUGGCAGUAGACAAGUUAGAUUCAACGUCGCUUACAUAUGAAGUGAAGCUUGAGCUACGUAAUAGCUUCGAAAAAUCUCCGCACAUAGAGGCAAUCACGAACUACGUGAUACAAUGGGUUUCUGAGAACGAUGUUCUAUUGCCCAUGUACUUACAGCCUUCGGAAACGUCUGCAUAUGCGCACGAUCUAGAGAAAAACCCCACCUUUAGAAGGCGAAGAAGGAGCGUUGUUAAAAUGCUGGCUGCUAUUUGUUAAAUUCGUUUGUUUCAAUAAACUGUAUUUAAAUGUAUUCUUUUUUAUCCGUUUAUUUAAAUCAAAUGAUAUUCAGAGAGAAAAAGUGACCUAUCAAUAUCACAAGAUACUUAAAGCUCAAUAAUUAAAAAAAAAUCUAGCACGAAAAUUGAAAAAGUUUUUUCCUAUGGCCUACGGAGCUUUAUUCUCUAUGAUAAGAAGCAUAAAAAAUAU